GGGCCGGGCGCGCGCCCCCGCGGGUGCCCUGUCCGUCCCCGCCAUGGAGGCCUUGCUGAGGAGGUGCCGUGUCCCAGCGCUGGGCGCCCGGCACUGCGGGAUCAGGGCCCAGCACGGUGGCACCGCGGGCAGGCCCCGGCGCCUGCUGCUCUCCCAGCUCUUCCAGCCGCUGGCCCUGCCCGUGGGCGGCCAGGCAGGGCCCGAGGGCCGGCCCGGGGAGCCCACCUGCCGCAGCCAGCGGCUGAUGCUGCAAGGGGGGCUCAUCCAUCCCACCAGCCCCGGCUGCUACUGCUACCUGCCGCCCACCGUCCGCGCCAUGGAGAAGCUGAUCAAGGUGAUGGACGAGGAGAUGCAGGCCGUGGGCGGGCAGAAGCUGAACCUGCCCAGCCUGUGCUCGGCGGAGCUGUGGCGCGCCAGCGGCCGCUGGGACCAGAUGGGGCCGGAGCUCUUCCGGCUGCUGGAUCGGCACAACCACGGCUACUGCCUGGGCCCCACGCACGAGGAGGUGGUGACGGCGCUGGUGGCCUCGCAGAGCGGCCUGUCCUACAGGCAGCUCCCGCUGCGGCUCUACCAGAUCACCAGAAAAUUCCGGGACGAGCCCAAGCCGCGCUUCGGUUUGCUGCGCAGCCGGGAGUUCUACAUGAAGGACAUGUACACCUUUGACAGCUCCGAGGAGGCGGCUCGGCACACCUACGAGCAGGUGUGCGCUGCCUACUGCAGUCUCUUCACCCGCCUGGGCCUGCGCUUCGUCAAGGUGCAGGCGGCCACGGGCAGCAUCGGCGGCACCACGUCCCACGAGUUCCAGCUGCCGGCAGACAUCGGCGAGGACAGGCUGCUGCUCUGCCCUCAGGGACAUUUCGCGGCCAACGUGGAGACGCUGAACGGGGAGCAAACCUCGUGCCCCACGUGCGGGGAGAAACUCACCGAGACCAAAGGGAUCGAGGUGGGGCACACAUUUUACCUGGGCACCAAGUACUCCUCCGUCGCCAACGCCGUCUUCUCCUCCGCCGAGAACAAGCCCCAGCUGGCAGAAAUGGGCUGCUAUGGCCUGGGCGUCACUCGCAUCCUGGCGGCCUCCAUCGAGGUGCUCUCCACUGAGGACAGCAUCCGCUGGCCCAGCCUCAUCGCUCCCUACCAGCUCUGCUUCAUCCCCCCCAAGAGGGGCAGCAGGGAGGAGGAGGGGGCAGCGCUGCUGGAGCGGGUGUACGAUGACCUGGCUGAAGCACUGCCCCACCUGGCCGGCGACUCGGUGCUGGACGACCGGACCCAGCUGACCAUCGGCAAGAGGCUGAAGGAUGCCAAAAGGCUGGGCUAUCCCUACGUGGUCGUAGCUGGCAAGAGGGUCUGUGAGGACCCCCCGGUUUUUGAGGUUUGGAAUCAGAAUGCUGGCGAAGUUUUGUUCCUCACCAAAGAAGGGGUCAUAGAGCUGCUGAGUAAAGUGCAAGUCCCUUAAAUGCCUCCUCUCUGAAUCUGUCAUCCCAGCUGCAGUGAGAUUAUCUGAGCAGCCCUGGCCAUGGCUGUGGGUGAACAGAGACAAAUCCAGUGCACGGUGUCCUGCAGGUGUGCUGGGUGCUGAGGUUGGGCUGGAAUCAUCCAACAUUCCCCCACAGGACCGGGGACGUUCCUCCCUCUGGGUACAGGUCCCUGGCAGCUGCUUUUUCCAGCACUUGUAGCCUCAUGUGGCUGUGGGAGCACUGUCAGGGCCAUCCCCUCACUGCCUGGCAGGGACAGACAAGAGCACAGGACAGCCAAGGCUGCACAAGGGGACAGGAGGACUCCCUUUGCUGCCACAUUCUCAGCAUGAAGAAUUCUGAGAGAGACACAAAGGAAGGUGACUUUCCUCUGUUUGCAUCUCUUUGGGAACACUCAGGUCCCGUGAAGGUGGAAGCUUGCCAUGGCAGGCACCAGGGCUCCUGUGAGGAGCAGCUUGGUGCCAUUCCAGCAGCACUGAUGGGACAGAGCUGCUUGGAGGGGUCACCUCACCCUGUGCCACAGCUCCUCGGUCUGAGAUCUAGACAUCGUGAGCAACAGCAGUGCCACUGUAAUAAAAUCACUGAAUUGUUCAAGUUGGAAAA